AUGGAAAACGGUGAAAUCCCUGAAAACGCCAAUGAACAUUGCCCAGGGCCUCAAUCGGAAUCUGCUGGAAAUUCUGAUGCCUGCGAUGGUUGCCCUAAUCAACAAGUUUGUGCUUCUGUGGCUCUGCUCCUAAAGGCCCCGACCCUGAAGGGAAUUCCUCCAGGAAAUGAUGAAAGUCUGAGCAUGAGACGUAUUGUAACCAACUCAACCUACAAAGUUGAUGCCCUAAUCAAGAGAUUGCCCUGCCUCUUGGAGAAGAGGAAAUUGUUAAGUUGGUCCACCAAAGUUGAAACCCAAUCUCUUCCAGUUCGGAGCAUAAAGCCCUUUCUUGUCCUUACAAGAAUCUCCAGAACCAUAUAUUCCAUUAAUCCCAUUUUCCCAGUAGUCUUGUCCAUGUUUUCAGCCUUUCCCACCCUGCUUUUCUCAUGUCUUGCGGAGGCUUAUACUUGCGAUAAUCUUUCUCUGCUGGUCGACUCUAGUUUGCUUCAUGGUGAUAAUGUUUUUGCCAUUCUGAACGCUCUGUUGGCAGAUUUGGUUGCAAUUGCAGAACGAAUGGCAACAGUGAAGCAUAAGAUACUGGUUUUAUCUGGCAAGGGUUGGGCUAUGGAUUUCCAAGUGGGUCUCCUUGAUAUUGACAUAUGUGGCCCAAGCAUCCCAAAAAUGCUUGGCCUGGAAGGCCAAGAGAUUCAUCAGAGUAACCUUGGCUGGUCUCCUGUCUAUGUUGAGUCCAAUCUUGGGGUCAUGUCGAUUGGGUUCAUGCUACCCAAUUCAGAUGAGCCUGUGAUAUGGAGGGGCCCACGCAAGACUGCAUUAAUCAAGCAGUUCCUGAAGGACGUUGAUUGGGGAGAACUUGAUUUUCUGGUGGUUGAUGCCCCACCUAGGACCUCAGAUGAGCAUAUUUCAAUUGGACAGUUCCUCCAAGCAGCUGGAUUAGACGGUGCUAUCAUAGUGACCACUCCACAACAGAUGUUUUUAAUUGAUGUCAGGAAAGAAGUGAAUUUCUGCAAGAAAGUCGGGAUUCAAGUUCUUGGCAUCAUCGAGAACAUGAGUAGCUUGUGCCAACCAUUGUCAGAUUUUAAAUUCUUAAGGAUGACAGGGACAGGUGAGCAGAGAGAUGAAACUGAAUGGGCAAUGAAGUAUAUCAGAGAAAAAGCUCCAGAAUUAUUAAAUUUGGCCGCUUGCAGUGAAGUCUUUGAUUCUAGUGGUGGUGGUGCCACGAAAAUGUGUAAUGAUAUGGGUGUUCCUUUUCUUGGGAAGGUGCCCUUGGACCCUCAGCUAUGCAAAGCAGCUGAAGAAGGUAGAUCUUGCUUCACUGAUACGAAAUGUGGGAUGAGUGCUCCUGCACUUAAGAGGAUCAUUGAUAACUUGGUGUCACGCCAAAUGAUCUCAAGAACAGCAAACGGUGCCUAGGUGUUUGUUGAUUUGAGGUCAUGGAUUUCAGCUCCAUGAGAUUGCUCAGGCCAUGAUGGAUGGUGCUCAAAAAUUUUCAGACUCAAAUCUUCUUAUAUUAUUCCUUUUGGAAGCGAAAAGCAAUUGAGCCAUAACCAGCUAAGUGAACAGCGCUGGAUUCCCCAUUGUUCUCUGUUUCAGCUGAAUGCAAGAAUCAAAUGGAUUGCUGCAUCGCAAUUUGCAAAAGAUAUCAUGGUCAAAAGAUUUCCACAAGCCAAC